AUGCAGCGAGCACAGUCCGCCGUGGAUUUCUCCAAUCUCCUGAAUCCCACAGCAUCGGCAGAGAAGGAAUCCGAAAACUCCCAACAGGGUGACGUCGAGAUGGCAACCGCAGCAGUCACCGUCAUCAAGCCCAAUGGGCCUCUACCCGGCGCCCAGGCCUCAGAGAGCUCUAACGAGUUGCCUCGACCCUACAAGUGCCCCCUUUGCGACAAGGCCUUCCACCGCCUGGAGCACCAGACGCGCCACAUCCGCACCCACACGGGCGAGAAGCCGCACGCCUGCCAGUUCCCUGGCUGCAGCAAGAAGUUUUCUCGCUCCGAUGAGCUCACCCGCCACUCUCGCAUUCACAACAACCCCAACUCCAGGAGAGGCAACAAGGCCCAGCAGCACCAGCACCAGCAUCAGCAUCAGGGCCUCCCGCCUCACAUGCACUCCGAGGGAAUGAUGGCCCCGCCUCCCGCUCCCAAGACGAUCCGCUCGGCUCCUACCUCGACUUUGGCUUCACCCAAUGUCUCUCCUCCCCACUCUUACUCGACUUUUGCUCUUCCCCACUCCGCUAUUCACUACAACCGCGGCGGUGACAUUUCCAUGCUGGCCAAGGCGGCCACCCAGGUUGCCCAGGUCGAGCGAGAGAGCUUCACUGCUCCUCCCCACCACAACUCGCGCCACCACCCGUACUACAGCCAUGGAAUGCACAGCUCGCGAGGUCACCUCCCGACCCUGUCCGCCUACCACAUGUCGCGAACUCACUCCGGUGACGAGCCCAACGAUGACCACUACAACGGUGCUCUUCGACACGCCAAGCGAUCAAGGCCCAACUCCCCCAACUCGACGGCUCCCUCAUCGCCCACCUUUUCCCAUGACUCUUUGUCUCCUACCCCAGACCACACCCCCAUCGCUACGCCUGCCCAUUCUCCUCGCCUGCGACCUUUCUCCGGUUACGAGCUCCCCAGCCUCCGGAACCUGUCUCUCCAGCACAACACCACGCCUGCGCUCGCACCGAUGGAGCCCCACCUGGAGCACAGCCAGUUCCAGACUCCUCCGCCUACCACAGCCCCCAGGUCCACUGGAAUGUCGCUGACCGACAUUAUCAGCCGACCUGACGGAUCUCAGAGGAAGCUCCCCGUUCCCCAGGUCCCCAAGGUGGCUGUCCAGGACCUGUUGUCGGACAACGGAUUCAGCCACAGCGGCAGGAGUUCUGCGGCGGGAAGUCUAGCUGGCGGCGACCUCAUGGAUAGGAUGUAG